AUGACUGGACGCGGCAAGGGUGGCAAGGGCCUCGGCAAGGGUGGUGCCAAGCGCCACCGCAAGAUUCUUCGCGACAACAUCCAGGGCAUCACAAAGCCUGCCAUUAGGCGUCUCGCCCGUCGUGGCGGUGUCAAGCGUAUUUCUGCCAUGAUUUACGAGGAGACCCGCGGUGUCCUGAAAAGCUUCCUCGAGGGCGUUAUCCGUGAUGCCGUCACAUACACCGAGCACGCCAAGCGAAAGACGGUCACGUCGCUCGAUGUCGUCUAUGCCCUGAAGCGACAAGGCCGCACCCUGUACGGGUUUGGUGGUUAA